AUGUCGGGAACCAAGAGAACCGCACCCCCAUCGCCUCAGGCGACUUCCGCCUCGUCAAAGAGACACCGUAAUGGAAUCGACGAGCCCGGUGUUCAUGUCAUCUUUGUUUCCAUCAGCCACCACAAAGAUAUCGGUGAAGAGGGCCACGAUGUCAGAAUCCCCUGUGACCCAGCUCUUGGCUCAUUCGAAGCGGGCGACGUCCUGGGCACGUUGACUCUUGAAAAGCUUCAGCAGCUGGAAGUUGAUCUCGGUCCUGGACUUGUCAGCAACAUCGGCUCCAGAGAGAAACAGAAACAUGGUCCAGUCGACUUGGCUGGCCGCAUCGCGAGAUCACAAAAGUCCAAGCCCAAGAUGAUUCAGCCCACCUGGAACGAACGCGUCGUUCUCCUUCAUCAGCAGGUUGUUACCAUGCUUUGGGCCGAAAGAUCUCAACGCAUGACGAUUGAGCACUGCAAUCUUGAUUGGAUCCUGAGCCUCAUCAAAGAAGGAGCCAAUGCUCUCGCUAAUCAGUUUUGCGAUCACAACCGGCCCAUCAUCUUCUAUAUCCCACUUCACCCAAAGGAUUGGAAUCUGCAUCCUAAAGUUCGCUCUCUUUAUGAAGCCAUCGAUGCACUCCAGCAUCUGGUCAACAACAUCAGCGUUUAUCCGACAUACCACGAGAGCUGGAACUACGGAUACAAGGUUGCGGACAUCAAGGCACUGGAUGCUAUCGCAGUCAAAGAGUCCACACCUGAGCCAUACCGCCACAGGCCCGAGACAUGCUUGGGCACCGGACCCUGCAGACUUGAUGAACUCCAGGGGUCACAAUUUGUCAGGUUCGCGUUUAGUGGUCGCGACGACUACGUGCAUCAUACCACAAACCCGAGCUAUAACAUGUUUGUUCACAGCCAACCCUACACGCAGGGAUCUGCCAUGAGAGUCAUUCACCAGCAGUGCUUUUCGUCUGUUCCCGGAUGGGGAUACAUCCGCGUUUAUAUGGUCGGCAAUCAGAUCAUUGCCCGCAGCUUCUCCUCAAGCGACCAGCGAACAAAAGUACACAACACCUCGACUCUUCGCUCUGAUUGCCACUUCGACUUUCGCCCUGAAGGUUCUCGACACCCGGAUCCGGACCCUGAAGUGACCGAGCGACAGGAAGCAAAGCUGGAAGAACUCGACAGCUUUUGCAAGUGGUGGCAGCAUCAACUCGCCACGCAUGAUCCUGAACUAUUUGACUCUCUCAAGGUCGGAUGUGUCAUGAGAAUCGGCCUCUCGGAAGCAAGCCUUGAUGGAAAGUUCUUUAUUCUCUCGGUUCAGAGAUGGUAUGCUUCCAACUUUUUCAGUCUGGACUUGACAGCCAAGCCGUUCGAUCAGCUUUGCAAGGCAUUUGGGGAGCAGUUUGCGCGAGUUUAUGGAUCCUUUGCUGCGAUUGAUGCUAUGGACGAUUGA